CAAACCUUAAGCCCCUCUCGAGCUAAGCAAUGUGGAUACCUCAGGCAGGCAUGUCAAUGCACACCUCCAGCGGCUGCCAACACCUGAAUGCGCAAGGGUUAGGGUUAGGCCACGAGGGAGCUUGUUUACCUUGACAGAUAUUCACCACCGCGUCGGUGACGCGACUCCUAUGCGAUAUUUCUUGCACCAGCAUACUGCAAGCCCUGAAAUGGUCCAGACGAGAGCGGGCCGCGGUGCCUUGUACCAAAAUGUUAUCGACGUCUCGCCUUCGGCAAGGUUGGCACGACGCGACGCAGGUGUUGACGAGACGGCGGGGGCACGCGCCCCGGCCACCAUCAUCGCCGCGGCCGCAGGCCCAGGUGUGGGCGCAAAAUCCCGGCUGGCUCGGGGCAAGAGCAAAGCAGAGGUUGUCCCUUCGAGCGUUACUGAAGAGGAAGUGGAAGAGGAAGAAGACGUAAAAGGAGACGAAGACGUAAAAGGAGAAGAAGACAACGACGACGGCGAUGAAGAAGAUGGGAGGGAAGCAGACGAAGAAAUCGAAGUCAGAAACGAGCCACCGGCUCGUUUCAAUGCACAACAUCGUGUCCAGGGCAGCAUGAGUCCGCCGCCGAGUGAAAGUGAAAUGGGAUCGCAGAGCGUGGUGGGGGCUCAGAGUUAUAUGACACCCAGAUUCGCCAAUGCGGAAUACACGCGGUAUUCAAGUGUAGCCCACCAACCAGACCCGGUGCCACGAGGCCACGACGAAGAUCCGGUGCGUCUGCCAGGAAUAGAAGAUGAUGGCGUCGACGACCCGUCCGAGAUGGGCGACACGACGCGCCUGUCCCAAGAGGAGGUCAACGAGAGCCAGUACAGAGAGGAGGCGGAGCUUAAGGAGAACGCCCUCGAUUCCCUCUGGCACAACUCUGAGGGGCUUGCGAAGCUGCUCCGGGAUCCAAAACCCAAAAAGCAGUCCUGGCAGAGGCUGCUCGAUGUGCUCCGCCGGAACUGGUUCAGCACCAGGGUCUUCUUCGCGGCCGAGGACAAGCUGUUCAUCGACCUGCCCCGGACCGUCCGGCACAUCAGCGAAGAGAACGAGACCAAGGCGCGGGCCGUCAUCGUAGGGGCCAACGCAGCGGCGCUGUUGAACGCGCUGUUAGAGGCGGUGCUGGCCGGCCGGGAAGGCGACCUCUUUGAAUUGCUCAAGCUUUUGGACGGAGGUUUCCCGAUACCAUUCUGUCCCAACGAUGACUGGGGCCAUGAUGUCGCCGAGAAGGACGUCGAGCUUGCGCUUGACAUCCGGACGCAGAGACUCGUCAUGGGGCUCAAAGGCCAACAAGACGAGCGGCAGAAUCCCGCCGACGUGCUGGCGGACCUCUUCUGCACCACCGAGGCUUCGGACGAUACCGAGGAAGCUUUGCAUAGCGGACCCUACAAGGGUGUCGAGGGGCGCCUGGCGGACCGUUUUGGUGAGAGGGCCAGGGCGAUCCUCAAACUCGUUAGCGGAAAGAGCCUCGCAGAGGCCAUCCGGACCCUAGAGGAGAGGUUCCCUCUCGGAGGGCCGCUCGACGGGCCCCAUCAGCAUCGCGACGUCGUCGCGGAUGGUUUCGUCACCAAAAUCUCUGCAUGGUGCGGCAAGAUCAUUGACGAUAUCGAUCAGGGCUUGCGGGGUUUACCGUCACCGCCGAGGGAGUCUUCGCCAACGGAUUCCCUGGCCUCGUCUGCGGCGCAGGAAAUAGUCCGCAGAGACGUACACGAAGACAUACUCUCGCGGUCAAACGUGCACCUCCUAGCAACGCUCUCCCGGCAAAGGCAGCCCUCGCAGGCGACACGCUCAUCCCCAGCCUCGACGAACCCGCGGCGAGGCACCACCCGUGAACCGACCGUCAACGGCGGCGGCGGCGGCGACGACGAUCACGAAGACGACCGUCGCCGCGAAGCGUCUCUCGCGCCCACUGACAUUGAAGGGAUCCUUGCGGACCUCCCCAGCACCGCAAUCUCCCGCAACAACGCCCAGUCCUCGUCCGCCGAGGCCGCUCGUAAGAGCAGCCGCGGUGCCUCCGCCCCCGUAAACACCCCCUUCGUCCGCUCCAGCUUCACCCCCGUCAACGGCGCCAAACGUGCGCGCACCCAGGUCGACGACGCAGACGACGACUUCGAGCACGAUGAUCGCGAGCCUGACCCACAACGCCGCGCCAGACUCGACCGCGACCGCCACGACAUGCCGCCGCCCCCGUCCCGGCCGCAGAAGCGCGUCCGUCUGCCGUCCACCGCACCGCUUCCGUCGUCCUCCGCAGGGCACGCAGACCGCGCCCUACCUCCCAACGGCUCCGCGCCCCUCCUCCCGCCCGCGUCCUCGUGCGGCUCCCUCCCCAGCAGCACCAACAGCAGCGUCGGCUCGUUCCGCGAGCUCAGCGAGAUGAACCGCCGCGCCGCCUCCCGCGGCCCGCAGCAGCAGCGCGUCCCCUGGUCUGAGCGCGACACCCGCCGUCUCAUCCGCCUCAUCGAGUACCACAACUGCCUAUGGGCGCGCAUCGCCAAGCGCCAACUCCCCGAGCACCGCCUCGACGACCCGGGGCCCGAGGUCCUGGAGGACUGCAUCUUCGACCACCCGCGCGACCAGCAGGCCAUCCGCGACAAGGCGCGGAACCUCAAGGUCGAUUUGCUAAAAGCCGACCUCAACCUCUACCCCGGCUUCGACGGUGUUGCCCUAGGGAAGAAGGAGCGCCAGGUUCUCAUUAGCCGCGGCAAGAACCCGGACCGCACCGAGGCCGACGUCGACGCGAGCGGCAACCCGACUCACACCGAGUAUGUUCCCCUCGGCGGCGAGUACGUGCCCCUCGGCGGCGACUAAGAGGGUGACGAAGGGCAAGGAGAAGCGCUCGAUGCUUGAGGUGGCUCGCCUGAUGGCUUCCAGCCGUCUCUUUGCUCCCUGCCCCCACCCUCUUCGUGCACCUCCUCCGCUUCCCUUUCCUGUUGCGAGGAAGGACGCGGCAGCUCGUCGGAAAAGGUAGUGGGCGACGGGCGUAAGGAGGUGGGGAGGAAUUUGACGCAUGCAUCGGGUGGUAGAAUCGAGGAUACUGGAGCCUCGCUCGGCUC